AGCUAGCUUGGUAUUCUUAAAAGCAUUUGCAUUUGCUUAUUUUCUUCUAUAUUUGUUGUUCCAAUGCCUCAAUCCAAUUGUGCUGCCAAAACCCCUCCUAUUAUGAUUUCCAUCAUGCUAAUGCUUGUGCUGCUCAUGGCCACCCUAGGCCAAACAGGUGCCCAAAUUGGUGUUUGUUAUGGAAGGGUCGGAAACAACCUACCACAGCCAUCUGAGGUUGUAGCACUCUACAAACAAAACAACAUCCGAAGAAUGAGAAUCUAUUCUCCAGAACAAGAUACUCUCCAAGCCCUUCGAGGCUCCAAUAUUGAGCUCAUUCUAGGCCUUCCAAAUGAUAACCUUCAAAAUAUUGCUUCAAGCCAAGCCAAUGCCAAUACUUGGGUCCAAAACAAUGUGAAAAACUUUGGUAAUGUCAAAUUCAAAUACAUUGCUGUCGGAAAUGAAGUGAAGCCUUCAGAUGGAGUUGCAAAAUUUCUUUUCCCCGCCAUGCAAAACAUUCAAAACGCAAUUUCUGCGGCUGGCCUUGCGAACCAAAUCAAAGUUUCCACCGCCAUCGACACUGGAGUCCUUGGAGAAUCCUUCCCUCCAUCAAAAGGCUCAUUCAAGUCCGAUCACCGACCGCUUCUCGAUCCGAUCAUCCGCUUCUUAGGGAACAAUCGAUCUCCAUUACUCGUUAACUUGUACACGUACUUUAGUUACAUUGGCAACACCAGAGACAUUCGUCUUGACUAUGCUCUUUUCACAGCUCCUUCAACAGUAGUGAAUGAUCCCCCGCUCAAUUAUCGUAAUCUUUUUGACGCCAUUUUAGAUGCUGUUUAUGCAGCGUUGGAGAAGGCCGGAGGGGGGUCUUUGGAGAUCGUUAUAUCGGAGUCUGGUUGGCCUUCAGCUGGUGGGACAGGGACAUCUCUUGACAAUGAAAGAACUUACAUUACGAAUUUGGUUCAGCAUGUGAAGGGGGGGACUCCAAAGAAGCCUGGAAAGCCUAUAGAAACUUAUGUGUUUGCCUUGUUUGACGAAAACCAGAAAAAUCCUGACUAUGAGAAAAAUUUUGGGCUCUUUCUUCCAAAUAAACAGCCCAAAUUCCAAGUGAAUUUCAGCUAAGAAUAUCACUUCUACUACAUCCUAGAAUAAGUGCAUGCACUGUGGUGCACAUUAGGUCAAAAUAAAUAAGAGCUACUUGUAAUCCCGUAGACCGAAAAUUAUGGUUAUUUCAAUAAUAUCACAUAUUCUAUGGCAAAUACCUUUACUUUA